AUGGAGGAGGCAACGCCUCCGCCAGAGCCUUCACAGGCCCUGCCAGAUCUACCCGAUGCACACGAAAUCAUUGAGGGCCUCUUUGUGGGGAAUGCCGAUGCCGCAGUGGAAGCCACAACAGGGCCAAAUUCCCGAAACAUCAGCCACAUCCUCGACGCAGCAGGCUGCGUCACCCCCGCCAUCUUCGCCGCUCUGGCCAGCGCGUUGGCAGAAGAACAAGCCGCAGAAGAAGCUCCCGAAGUAUGCGAGCCGCCGGCAAUGAGCCGGAAGUCGGAGCGCACGCAAAGCUACUGGCUGAAUGGCAUCGAGACCCUGUCGGCUCCCUUGGACGAUCACGGACGAACGGAGCUCUCCGAGGACGGACGGCUCUCAAGGAAGCUGGGGACCCGACUAAUCAAGACGCUCUUCGUGCGAGACUCCUACGAGCUUCAGAAGACGUGGUUCGACUUCAUCGAGAAAGGUCUUGCUGGUGGGAAGGUCCUCGUCCACUGCCGCUUGGGUGUGAACCGCAGCGUUACAGUGGUGGCGGCCUUUCUUGUGCGAUGCCGUGGCUUCACCCCGGAGGCUCCACUGACACCCCCAAACCGACUGGUAUAA